UUUGAAACUGCAAAGUCUCUCGCACUGCACGGGGCAUAUGUUAUCCUGGCCUGCAGAAAUAUGUCAAGAGGCAAUGAUGCCGUACAACGUAUUCUUCUGGAAUGGCAUAAAGCCAAGGUAGAAGCAAUGACCUUAGACCUUGCUUCUCUUCAGAGUGUGCAGCACUUUGCUGAAGCAUUCAAAUCCAAGAAUGUGCCUCUCCACAUCUUGAUCUGCAAUGCUGCCGUGUUUGGUGUUCCCUUUGUCUUGACGGAGGAUGAGCUGGAGUCCACCUUCCAGGUGAACCACUUGGGACACUUCUACCUCGUCCAGCUUCUGGAAGAUGUUUUACGUCGGUCGUCUCCUGCUAGGGUGGUGGUGGUGUCCUCCGAAUCACACAGAUUUACAGAAAUUAAAGACUACUCUGGAAAACUCGAUUUCAGUCUGCUUUCUCCGUCUAAAAAGGAGUAUUGGGCUAUGUUGGCCUACAAUCGUUCCAAACUUUGCAAUAUACUGUUCUCCAAUGAGCUGAACCGACGCCUUUCUCCCCAUGGGGUGACGUCUAACUCAGUCCAUCCUGGAAAUAUGAUUUACUCCUCCAUUCAUCGUAACUGGUGGGUGUAUACCCUGCUGUUUACCUUGGCUCGACCCUUCACCAAGUCCAUGCAACAAGGAGCGGCCACAACUGUGUACUGCGCUACGGCUGCGGAGCUGGAGGGCCUGGGAGGGAUGUACUUCAACAACUGCUGCCGCUGCCUGCCGUCGCAGGAGGCGCAGGGCGAAGCGACGGCUGCAGCCCUGUGGGAGCUGAGCGAGAGGCUGAUCCAAGAACGAAUUGGCAGGCAGUCCAAAUAACAGGGAGCUCCUGGAAGGAUCAAAACACACGAGUGUGUGCACGCUCGAAAACUGCCAACACUGGAACCUGUCCAAUCUUAUCAUCUAGAGGGUUUCCAUAUACCUCAGAUACAGAUUAACCAGUGUUAAAUGAAAUAAUAGCAGUCACAACAUAGUGAAAAAUGUUAAGUACUAAUGGGAAAUGGGGAAUACUGCGGGUUAAAGGGACAAUGCGGCUUCCUGGGGCUUAGUUAGUCUCGGUUCUCUUUCUUUUGAUUAUAGCCUGUUCAAAGUGUAACCCAAGGAGGCAUCUUUUGUCUUAUUUUAGAAAAGCAAUGCUGCAGAUAUUUUCUGUUGUUUUGAUUGAAGGGUAGGUACUUAGCCUAAUAUGGGAUUUCCUCUUUAUUUUGAUAAUUACUGUCUGUUAGGCUUUAGGUAUUGACUGGGAGAUGGUAGCUGUGUUGAUUCUUUUGCCUACAAGGAUUUUACUGGGUGUGGCAAAUGAAAAGAUUAUUAAGGAAAGAAAUCUUUCGUGCUCUUGACUGCUGGCUGCAAAUACAUCUGCACUGUCAGGAAAAAGAAGGUGCAAGGAGACAUCUGAACAGAAAUGGUAAAGUCACAGCUAAUUAAAUCUUUCUGGGUUUUGUUUUCCUAAAAGAUUAUACUAAAAACAUAUGUUUUAAACCAUUCCCUAAAUACUGUAGAGUUAGCAAAGAUGAGGAUGUCUCCUUAAGAACACACAGAGUGUAAUCAGGGGUUUAAAUGGUAUUUCCAUCCAUUUCUCAGUUCACAGUUUUAAGGAGUUGGGUUUUUUUCUUUGAAAGUUCACAGUUUCUCAGUUCUGCUGAUACAGUAUCCCCUUCCAAAUAUCUUUUUUCUAACAAUUUAAAUUCAAUAAAACAACAUGCUUGAAUAUUGUAA